CCAGAGUGAGGCACAACGCCAGCAUAAGUCUUUUUGGCAGCGGAUUCAGUGACGAAGACGAAGCAGCAGUGACCAGCAGUCUGCCCAUGUCUGAUUAUCACCACAGUUCUUAUGACAGAGCUCUGAGGGGAAUGGACCGUUACGUGGACAGCCUGUUUGACCCUGUACUGUCAGAUGGAACUGGGGAUAUGGACAUGUCCACUCUGUCUGGAAGAAUGAAAGGAGGUGGAGGUGUUGGUGCAGGUCAUGGUGAUGAUGUUCCCUCCACGGUCAGGGUUCCUUUCUCAGCAGCUCAGCAACCAGGAGCUGUGAGGGUGCUGCCAGCUGUUCCAGCUGUGGCCAGUGUCCCAGCUCAAGAUCCACAGAUUCUGAUGGCGCAGCAGCAGCAAGCUUUCAUCAACCAGCAGGCUGUCAUUAUGGCUCAGCAGAUGACGAUGCAGGCCAUGGCCAUGGUGACGACGAGCCCCAUCUCCAGCCCCCCCACCAGUCCUCCUCCUACCCCAUACAUUCCCUACACCCCCCUCCCCCCCAGCCCGUACUCUGUGUUGCCCCCGAGCCCGUAUGCCAACUUUCUGCCCAGCCCCUACACACAGGUCACGCCUUCGUCCUAUACCGUUACCUCCAGCAUGACCUCGACCUCCGAAGCGAACCACCAGCUCCAGGUGGUCUCAGAACAGACUAAAGAGAUGAAAGAAAGUUUGGAGAAGAAACAAAAUCCUCCUGCAGAAAAACUUACAGUGGACAAAAAGCCGGCCAAAAAACACGCUCCAGUUGCAGUAUUAGGUCCGAUGCGCGUGUCCCCAGCUCCUGGUACCGAAGUGGUGAAGUAUUCCGUCUCUAACUCGGAGCAUAUCGUUCCCAGCCACAACAUAAAGGACAUUAUAAAACAGUACCAAACUCCACCUGAUCCUCCUCCACCCGAGAGCAGGAGAAGAGAAGGUAAAGUUUUUAUGAAACGACUGAACCCACACGACGAGGCCUUACACAUUUUGACGACUCAGGUGGACGCUCCUCCUCCCCCUCCCCCUCCACAGAGAAGAGCUCCAGCUUCUGUAACUGGAUCGAAACAAACUCUCAAACCAACACAGAGCACUAAAAAGAGGGCACCAGGACCACCGUUACAAACACAACCAGUGUCCAGAGAUCUGCCCGUAGAAUCAGAAACCAUUCAAACGUCGCUCCACCUCAGCAGCGUGGAUGAAUACUACACCUACACCAACGUCUCGUGGAAGCUCCAACUCAGGAAGGAGGUGUUUUACCCCAAGGACAGCUGGAACCAGCCCCUGGUGUUGGACCUUAUAUUCAAGCAGAUCGUUAACGACAUGUUCUCUGAGGCCUGCGUUCGCAUCACCAAGGACGAGAGGCUGAAGAUGAAGACGCUGUUUGCGCAGCACAACAUCGAGCAGAAUGUAAAGGUUGAUGAUGAAGGUGUGAAGAAGGUCGUGGUCUCGGCAGCUCGUGAUUGGUGGGAGAUUUAUUUCUCACGUCUUUUCCCUGCGUCUGGCAGCGUGGGGACAGGAGUCCAGGUCUUGUCUGUGUCUCACUCUGGGAUCAAGCUCCUGAAAACGGUCCACAGCAGCUCCAGAGUUCCAGAUUACUUCAGAGUCCUGAGAUCAUACAGAUACACCGACAUCCUCUUCGUCACCAUCCCGUCUCCCAACAUGCUGGAGUUUAAUCUGAACAACGAGAAGCUCAUCCUCUUCUCAUCCAAAGCUCCACAGAUCAAGAACAUGGUGGAUCUCUUCAUCUCCCAGCUGAAGAAGGACUCAGAAUAUGCCGUAGCUGAGAGGAACUACAUCACUGACGAUCUCACUCUGCUCAGCUUCCAUAAAGGUGACAUCAUCCUCCUGCAAGCUAUGGACGGCCUACAGGAAGGCCAGUUGUACGGAUGUGUGGUGAAGAAGAAGGUCGUCUACCUGGAGGAGGUGGACAGAGACACGACAGACUUCGGCUGGAGGUUUGAGCCUGUGAUGAGUCGCAGCGGUGCGUUUCCCAAAGACUGUGUUGUUCCGGCUUCGACCCCGGAAUUCCUCAAUCUGUCCUGGGACAAGCGAGACGUGACGAGACCCAGGAGCAGUCAGGGUCGUUUUUUUGAUUCGGUGAAACCUGGAACAGACAGCAGUGUGUCUCCUGAUGGUCAGUACACCAUGGUGGAAUUUGCCAGGAAAUACUUCAGGCAGCGGGGCAGCGGUAAAAGUGAGAAGUCCAAGAAAGAUGGAGGUGGGAGAGAUCCUGCAGAAAUGAUCAAAUUCAGCAAGAACCCCAUCCCAGAGUCUCUGAUCCAGUUCUCUGAGCCCAACAUGAACCGAGUCGCCUCAGAAAUGUUCCUGGCCAUAAUGAAGUUCAUGGGUGACCAUCCACUCCGAGGCCAGUCUGAACAUUUUGUCCUCUGCACCUUUUUAAAGUUGGUCGGCGAUCAUGGGCUGAUGAGAGAUGAAGCGUACUGUCAAGUCCUCAAGCAGAUCACGGCCAACACCAGCUCCACAGCAGACAGCUGUCAGAGAGGGUGGCGUCUGCUCUACAUCCUCACUGCUUACUCUUCCUGUUCUGAUGUCCUUCAUCCAUUCCUGCUUAAAUUCCUACAAGACGCGAGCACGAGCUUGGGAUCUCAGUUUCAGGGUAUCGCUAAAGUGUGUGAGCAGAACCUGAUGAAGACGAUGCAGUGUGGAGGAAGGCGUGUGUCCCCCAGCAGCAUGGAGCUCAAAGCCAUAGUGGCUGGUCGAAGCUCAAAAAGGCAACUUUUCCUGUUUCCUGGAGGAAUUGAGCGACAUCUAAAGAUUAAAACCUGCACUGUGGCUUCAGACGUCAUUGAGGAGUUGUGUUAUGAGUUGGCAUUACAAACGCUGGAGGCCACGAAGGAGUAUGCUGUGUUUAUAGUGACAAACAGAGGUCGGAACGUGAGGCCACUGAAUAAAAGGGAAUAUAUUUUAGACGUCAGCACCGAGGCAGAGACGAUGGACAGCAGCUACAGCUUUUGGUUGAGACGUGUGAUCUGGGCUCAGGCACUCAAGCUGGACAACGAGCUCAGCGUCACGGUUCUUUACAACCAGGUUCUCCCAGACUAUCUGAAGGGUUUACUGACGGUUUUCCCCUCAGAUAAAGUCAGUGAGCAGCAGUUCAAUCAAAUCGCUAAACUGGCGGCGCUGCAGCACAGAGCCAAGGAUGUCAGCAGCACUGUGCUAUAA